CUCGCCUUGCCCUGCGGGGUUUGGCUGUGUGUGCGUAGGCAUUUGUUUGUCUUGCGUUUUGUUGUGGUUUUUCCGUUCGUUGUUUUCCCCCAGAAGAAAGAGGGGGUAGCGGACGAAAAGGGUCUCCUUUCACACCUUGCACAGAGUUGUGGGCAGGCGGGCUGCAAGCCAGUGAAAACGCGAUAAUCGCCUACUUGUGCUGCUGGAAGCUGGUGGUGCUAAGGAAAAAUCAGCCGAACGAUGAAGGCCCACCGACAGAUCCCCGUCCGGAGCCGGAUCCGGCAGCAGGAGCUAAAUCCCGUGUUUCACUUUCAGGACAAGCAGGAGGACAACCAGAUACUUACGCGGGCUCGCAUCAAGCAAGCGUUAAAGAGCGGCGUGCUGAAUCUGUCCGGGAAAGGACUAGCAACGGUGCCCGAAAAGGUAUGGAAUUUGAGCGAUUCGGACGAAAACGAGAAGGAGGUACGGUACGAUCUGGAGCGCACCAACGAUGAGGAAAGCUGGUGGAACCAACGGUCGCUAACGUCGCUCGAUCUGAGCUCCAACACGCUUACUACGAUCAGCGAAAACAUACAGAAUCUUGUCGAUCUUACUGUGCUGAAUCUACAAGAUAAUGCACUAACAAGUCUGCCGGCCGGGAUCGGCGCCCUAACGAAGCUAACGAAGUUCAGCGUCGCCCGCAACAAGCUGACCGAGCUGCCGGAGAGCUUCUUUCAGCUGAAGGAGCUGAAGCACCUCAACCUGUCGCACAAUGAGUUUGCGGAGAUGAACCCAAACAUCAGCGAUCUAAUCAUGCUUGAAACGUUGGAUGUUUCGUUCAACAGCAUUAACGCUUUGCCGGGUGGCGUUGGGUUUUUGGUCCGGUUGCAGCAACUAACGCUGAGCAAUAAUCACUUAACGGAGCUACCGAACGAUAUCGUCAAUUUGCGCAAACUGCAAAAGCUCGAUCUUGCCAAGAACGACCUAAAGAAGCUGCCCCCGGUGAUGGGUGAGCUGCGCCGGCUGGAGUGUUUCUACGUGCAGCACAACGACAUCGACGAGCUGCCCGACUUUACCGGCUGCGAGGCGCUGAAGGAGCUGCACAUUUCGAACAACUACAUCAAAACGCUGCCGGGCGAUUUUUGCGAAAACUUGCCCCAGCUCAAGGUGCUCGAUCUGCGCGACAACAAGAUCGAGAAGCUGCCGGACGAGAUCGCGCUGCUCGCUAGCCUGACGCGGCUCGACCUGUCCAACAACACGAUCAGCAGCUUGCCCUCCUGCCUGUCGACGCUGGCCCAUCUGGUGAGCCUGCAGGUGGAGGGCAACCCGAUCCGGUCGAUCCGGCGCGACAUUAUACAGUGCGGCACGCAGCGCAUACUGAAAACGCUGCGCGAGCGGGACGGCACGGGCAAGCCGGAUGGGGGACAGAAGGGAGCAACAGCGGCGGCGUCGACAGCGGUGGUGAAAAAUUCCCUCUUCACGGAGAGCACCUUCCCGGAUGUGUACCAGAUGCGGAAGGGCCGUGCGUUGAUCGUGUGCUCCAAAGCGCUGGUCGACAUACCGGAGGCGGUGUUUCUCGAUGCGCUCGAAGCGUGCGUGUACAAUGUGGACAUCAGCAAGAACAAGCUGGCGGCCGUACCGUCGGGCAUAACGCAUUUAUCGUCUCUGCUAACGGAGCUGAACGUGAGCUUCAAUUUGCUGCAAACUGUGCCGGCCUUUUUCUCGCAGUUUGACAAAAUUAGCUACCUUAACCUUUCCAACAACCAGAUGACCGAUCUGCCGGAGGUGGUGGGCCUGCUGGUUACGCUACGCGAGCUUAACGUUAUCAGCAACCAGCUCAAGCGCAUCCCCGACUGUGUGUACGAGCUGCGCGGGCUGGAGAUAUUGCUUGCCAGCGGUAAUCAGAUCGAGGAGAUAGACGCGACGGAGAGCGGGCUCGGUGCGCUGAAGCGCCUUGCCACGCUGGAUCUGGCAAAUAAUAACAUCAAGCACGUACCGCCGGUACUGGGAACGCUGAAGAACAUCACUACGCUGGAGCUGAUUGGUAACAGUUUCCGGCAGCCGCGCCAUCAAAUAUUGGAAAAGGGGACGGAAUCGAUCAUGUCCUACCUGCGGGACCGUAUCCCACAGUAGUCCGACCGUGGCUAGUCCCCGUGCCAGGCGUCCGAGUGCACAACUUGUAGUGGCAUUACACGCGCAUCACGUUAUUCUUAGAGCAGCUUCUUCGCUAUUUUUUUUUAUGAUUCUCUCUUCUAUUUGUGUGCGCGCUUGCACCGUUUGCACGCAUCGUUUACAGGGCCAUAGGCGGAGGAGGAGGAGGAGAAAGCAAUUGUGUACCAAAAAAAGAACAAAAAAGAUUAAAUAUACGUUUUAACCCUA